GUCGUGCAAAAAUGUGUCGUGGCAAACAUGGGAUCUCCAGAGACGCUCAGCCUAGCGGAUAAGAAUGUUCCCCCACCCCAACUCCUGCCGUCGUGGAGCUUUGGGAACGAGAGGUACUCUCCGUCGCCACUCGCCACCGUGAGAGAUUGGGAAUUGGGAUGGUCGCUCUGGACAAAAUUCAUUUUCGUGGUAAUUUGUGAGAAUAUGCAAGCGCACUCCUCAUCCUCCUCCCUCAGCACUCGCUACUUGAGUUGUCAUGGUGUCAGACGCCAUAAGGAUAAGGAUACCCUCCUCCGUAUCCUUCGCUUCCCAAGUCCGUCCCUCGGUGAUUCGCUCGCCAUGACCUCCAUCGGAAAUCUAACAAGAAGAAGAAGAAGAAGUGCAACAACUUCCUUCACCAACCACACUAAUGCCAUCCCACCACGACCCUUCUCCUAUAACAAGUCCCUCUCCAAAUCUUCCACAGUAGCAGCGGCAGCAUCCUCUUCCUCCCCCUCCCCCUCCACUCCCCAAUCAGAUGAUGAGCAGGAGGGACAGAGCAAGGGGCUCAGUCCCCGGAGGCUAUGGAGGAGAUUCUGGAAGGUGGCCGCUCCCUAUUGGUGGUCCGAGGACAGAACCCAAGCCCGACUUCAGCUCGCCGCCGUUUUUGCGCUCACUCUCGGCACCACUGGCGUCAGCGUUGGCUUCAACUUUCUUGGCCGCGACUUCUACAAUGCUCUCGCCAAUAAGGACGCCGAGCAGUUCACCAAGCAACUCCUCUAUUAUCUCGGUGGUUUCGCUUGUGGCAUUCCGUUCUUUGUGCUGAGAGAUUAUGCAAGAGAAAUUCUCGGUCUCCGAUGGAGAUCUUGGAUGACCAGAUAUUACAUGGAGCGCUAUCUGAAGGACAGAACCUUCUACAAAAUCCAAUCCCAGUCAAUCAUUGAUAAUCCAGACCAGCGAAUUGUCGAUGAUCUAAGUUCGUUCACAGGCACAGCCCUUUCUUUCUCUUUGAUAUUUUUCAAUGCUGCAGUUGACUUGAUAUCAUUCAGCAAUAUCCUGUAUGGUAUCUAUCCUCCUCUCUUUGUUGUUCUUCUUGUAUAUUCAAUUGGUGGAACAGCCAUCAGCGUGCUUCUCGGGAAGGGUCUAGUUACUCUAAAUUUCCUCCAAGAGAAGAAAGAAGCCGAUUUCCGUUAUGGGCUUGUACGAGUUCGAGAAAAUGCUGAAUCCAUUGCUUUCUAUGGUGGUGAGGAAAAUGAAUUGCAACUUCUGCUGCAGCGCUUCAGUAGUGCUUUUGAGAAUUUAACUCAACUGUUGAUAUCAUCUCGUAACUUGGAGUUCUUUACAAAUGGCUACCGAUACCUCAUCCAGAUUCUUCCAGCGGCUGUAGUUGCUCCCAUGUACUUCUCUGGGAAAAUUGAGUUUGGAGUUAUCAAUCAGUCUGUAUCUGCUUUUAAUCAUAUCCUUGGAGAUUUCUCUCUGAUCGUGUACCAAUUUCAAGCUAUUAGUGCAUUUUCAGCUGUCAUUGACCGUCUAGGUGAAUUUGAUGAUAUCCUGGAUGGCAGUACCAGUAAAUAUGCUGAUGACUCCACGCAGCACAUACAUCUCAUCUGUCACCAUGUGCAUCCUGGUUUUGAGUGCAAUGGACCCGUAACUAUGGACAUGUUCCAAAAGUUGUUACACAUUGAGAAUUUGACCCUGCAGACACCUACUAGUAAAACAACUCUAAUCAAGGAGUUAUCAUUACAGAUCAACUGCAAUGACAGUUUGUUGGUAAUGGGACCUAGUGGCAGCGGCAAGACUUCAUUUUUAAGAGCUAUAGCUGGUCUUUGGAAUAGUGGGAGCGGAACAAUCACUUUCUAUGUUCAAGAUGCAGAAUUUACCCAGUCACCCAUUUCGAAGGGCAUGGCUUCUCUUGAAGUAAACACAGCCGUUUCAAAUCUUAGGGAACUUGAGAAGACACCUAGUGAGAUUCCUAGAAGCGUAUUUUUCCUCCCUCAGAGGCCAUAUAUGAAUCUGGGAACAUUACGUGAACAGUUGCUAUAUCCCACAUGGCUUGAAGGAGCAACUCCUAAUUCAAAUGGCAGUUCAUCAACUGGUAUGCCACCAUUCUUGUUACGGAGACUGAUUUCAGGAGAUGGGAGUAAAAGGCCUGAGAUGCCCACAACUGAUGAUCUGGUAAAGGUUUUGGAAGAUGUUCGACUGGAUUAUUUGUUAGCUCGUUUUAACAGUCUGGACUCAACACAUGAAUGGUCAAGUGUUCUUUCCCUUGGCGAGCAGCAACGCCUUGCUUUUGCUCGUCUAGUGCUUUCAAAACCGAAGUUGGUUUUACUGGACGAGGCAACAAGUGCCUUGGAUGAGGACAAUGAGGCUCAUUUGUACCAGCUUAUUAAAGCUGCUGGCAUCACAUAUGUGAGCGUUGGUCAUCGGCGAACCCUAUUCAACCACCAUAAUGCAGUUCUACACAUAUCAAAGAUGGAUGCUGAUAGCACUCUUUGUAACUGGAGCUUAGGAUCCAUUGAUAAAAAUUCCUUAUCUCAUUUGUCAAAGCUACAAAAUUAGCUCUACAGAGUCUAGAAUGUUGAAAGGUGCCUUUCUUUCCUUGAAGAUAUAUUGUUUCAGGGGAGAAAAAAUCAAGAUGAAAAUCAUGCUUCAUUUUCUUCAGGUAUGCACCAUAUAUUCGCAGGCAACAAACAAAGUGCUGUUGAUGGGAUUUUCUUUGAGACUCAGACAUAUUUACUUGGAUUGACUGAUUGAUAAGUACACAUAUCUUGCAUGAAUAUUUACAACUAAAGAAGUUCCUUUUCACCGAGAUUCCUUGAUGGAAAUUUGAUUGGACGAAUGAAAUUUCCAUUAUGGCUUCACUCCUUGAAAGAAAUUCUCUUACUAUCUAUUGCCCACAUGCAGACCCAUGCAGCAUUCUGCUAUACAUGUGUAGAGACAUCAGCUUGCCAGCGUGCGUGCACAAGGUAAUUCUUACACAAAUAAGAUGUGUAUGAAUUGGAAAUUUAUGCACUAAAGGGGCGAGGACUCUACCACAGCAUUUAGCCAUUUUGGUUUGCACAAGCAGAGCCUUGUCAAUUGGCAUCAGGUAGCAAGUCAUAUGUAUUAAAAGGCACUGGAACUCCUACGACGUGUAUUCGCAUUUGGAUUAGCUCUUUACAAGCAGGGCCUUACCAACAGACGACGCGUGGAUCGUCAUAUGGUUCAACAUGAUAUACCGGCUCCAUGGGGCAAGAGAUUUGAAUUCUGCUGGU